GCUUUCGUUCGUCGAUUCCGCGGAAGAAGACGCGUUGUCGAGUCUUUGUCCAUAUUUUAUUUUAUUUUUUUAGGAAUCGCGUAACCUUACACAGUGUGUAGUGAUUAUUUAUUGAUAUUAUUAACGAAUAAUAAGUGUGCGAACUUUGUACUUGUGUGGAACCCUGUGGUGUUGUUAAUUCAUUUAACUGCCGUUCGUUAUCCCUAACGGGAUAAUAGCUUGGUUCUGCCCCUUUGUUCUACAAAAAGUGUCUAAAGCCAAGUGCAUGCAUCUUUCCCUGCAACACACAGGAUUUCUGUCCGAAGAUUGUGAUGAUACGGUCAUCGAACUAUCAAAACUAUCAAUUGCCGAAUCGGAACACGAGGUUACUGUUUUAGAGAACAAUUUCCAUGAUACUUCGAGUCGUGUAUCCACCGCGAGAGAUUACGUGUUGCGUCGAUGCAAUCAAACGGACGCGAUUUACUUCGAUGAAUGCUAUCCAGAAUCGGUCCUGAAGAAUUGUCGCAAGAUAGGCGAAGGAGUAUACGGUGAGGUAUUUUUGUGGAGAGCUAGAGAUGGCCGUGCGCGUGUGAUGAAGAUAGUUCCAAUCGCAGGCACCACUAAAGUCAAUGGCGAACAUCAAAAGGACUUCCAUGAGAUCAUCUCGGAGAUUGUGAUUGCUAUGGAAUUGAGCGCAUUGCGCGCUCCUAUAGAUGAAAUUCGACGUGGCCUUGACGAAGGGGAGACUAUUGACGCCUUGGAUCUACAUUCUGUAGAGAAUGCCACUGAUGUUUUUAAUGAGGUAUUAGCAGUUAGAUGCGUUUAUGGCAAUUAUCCUUCUCGUCUCCUCGACCUGUGGGAAUUGUACGACGAAUGCAACGGCUCUGAGAACGACAAUCCUGCUAUACUGCCCGAUGAUCAGCAGUAUAUAGUGCUGGAGCUAGCAAACGCCGGUCAAGAUUUGGAGAGUUUCGAGUUCAAUAACGCUGAGCAGGCGCAUGCUCUGUUUUUGCAGAUCGCAUUCGGUUUGGCAGUGGCGGAAGAAGCUUAUCAAUUCGAGCAUCGCGAUUUGCACUGGGGAAAUGUUUUGAUCGCGCCUACUGAUCAGAAGUUCGGUGUGUUCGUGUUGCGCGGGCGUGGGCACGUGGUGGCGCGGCGCGGCGUGGCGGCCACGAUCAUCGACUACUCGCUGUCGCGGCUGUCGCUGCCGCUGGCCGCCGGCGCGGAGCGGGUGGCGCUGUACAACGACCUCGCCGCCGACGAGUCGCUGUUCGAGGCCGUCGGCGACAGGCAGUUCGAGGUCUACCGGCUGAUGCGGGACAAACUCGGAAAUGAUUGGAAGAAUUUCGAGCCCUACACAAACAUAUUGUGGCUGCAUUACACUGUUGAUAAAAUGAUAACAGCCCUCCGUUACAAGAGGACCAAUACGAAAAUUCACAAGCAUUACAUUGCUAAACUUAAGGACAUUAAGAAUAGAAUAUUAGACUACGGUAGUGUUGCUCAGUUCGUACUCACUGACAACGAAUUUUGAACGAACAAAUUAUGAUAAAGUUUUUAUAAUAUAAAGUAAAAAAACAAAAUUAAUCACAUGUAAUUUUUGAAGACGUUCUUUCAUUAGAAUAUUUCACAAUGGACAUGAAUAUUAUUAACAAUAUUUGCUGUGGUUGUAAUAAAAACAUUAUCUUGACAAAUCGUAAUAUAAAUUCUAGUGUUGUAUAUAUGAAUGGUUGCUUCAAUGAAUAUGUUAAAGAUUUAGACGCUAAAAAGAUUAUUUACAAUAUUAUUAUUGCAUUAGAACAGUAUCAGCUUAAGGGUGCCUUCAUGGACGAGGUAGUGCCUUCAUUCAGGUUACUAAUAAAUUCAUAUAUUGUGUUC